CAGUUUGAAACUCAGUCAGAAUAUAAAAUGAUGAUCAUAUGAAGGAGACCAUUACUAAUCACAGUCCUAAGAGAGAUGCCGUUCACAUCAGAGGAGAAAGUCCAUCCGACGGAUUCAAGCAAAAUCCAAUUAGGAAAUCUGACAAGUUUAUUCUCAAACACCGAGAAGCGCUGCUCGCUCGCCUGCUGGAUUAAAGACAACAUCAAGAAGGAAGAGUGUUGCUUCUAUGUGGAGGGUGCCAGGGAGGGGAUUUGUAAUUGUGGUUACCAAAAGGACCAGCACUGCGAUGAGGCCAUCAAACCGGAGGACUAUGUUGGGGAGCAAUGGCACAGACAGAGGCACAUCAGGGAGGUGCCCACCGAUGCUUUCGGAGAUAUCAGCUUUGGUGGACUUGGACAGAAAACCGGGAAGUAUGUCCGGGUGUCGUCAAGCACGACCUGUGAGAGUCUGUACCAGCUGAUGACAGAACAGUGGAAACUGCGUCCGCCGAACCUGCUGGUUUCAGUGACCGGCGGAGCCAAAAACUUCAACAUGAAGAAUCACCUGAAGGACAAGUUUCGUCGGGGUCUCAUUAAAGUCGCCCAGACCACAGGUGCGUGGAUCCUGACGGGAGGAACAAACGCAGGUGUGAUGAAGCACGUGGGCAUGGCCGUGAGAGAUUACACACUCAGUAGUGGUUUGAUGGAGGGACAGAUGAUUGUCAUCGGUGUGGCACCCUGGGGAGUCAUUCACAACAGAGACACACUGAUCCAUCCCGAGGGCUGUUUCCCUGCACACUACUCUCUGGAUGAGCAAGGCCAGGGCUCGUGUCUCGACAUCAAUCACACUCACUUCAUUCUGGUGGAUGAUGGCACUCAUGGAAAGUAUGGAACUGAGAUUGAGCUGCGGACCAAUCUGGAGGGACACAUCUCUCAACAAUCUCUGGGAAACAGAGAGAGUGGCGCGAAGAUACCGGUGGUCUGUGUGGUCUUGAAUGGUGGUCCAGGAACUCUAAAUACAAUCUACAAUUCAAUGAUGAACAACACGCCGUGUGUCGUGCUCGAGGGAUCUGGACGCCUGGCUGAUAUCAUUGCUCAGGUGGCGACCCUGGCGGUGUCAAAGGUCACUGUGGUCCUAAUCAGCAAGCUCUUGAAGCGGUUUUUUGGAAAAGAGUACAAAAGCUUUAAAGAUCUGGAGGUCAUUGAGUGGACCAAAAAGAUUCAGGACAUUAUCCGGAUGCCUCAUCUGCUGACGGUGUUUCGUAUUGAUGAGGAUAAAAACUAUGAUGUUGACGUAGCUAUUCUACAGGCUCUGCUGAAAGCCUCCAGAAGUGACGGACAUGCUGGCCACCAGGCCUGGGAGAGACAGCUGGAGCUCGCGGUGGCCUGGAACCGGGUCGACAUCGCAGAGAGUGAGAUCUUCACCGAGGAGAGCCAGUGGACGUCCACUGAUCUGCAUCCGGCCAUGUUUUCAGCGCUGGAGGGCGACAAACCUGAGUUUGUGCGGCUGUUGCUGGAGAAUGGAGUGUGUGUGGAUAAGUUUCUGGUAAAGGAGACCCUCUGUAAGCUCUACAAACACCUACCCGCCUGCUUAUUCCUGCGCAAGCUUGCAAAACGAGCCCAGGUUGUCGAAAACAUUUCCUUGAGGCACGUGUCUGAAGAAGUGCGCCACUUGCUGGGAAGUUUUACUCAACCGUUAUACGCCUCUUCAAGCUACAAGAAAACCGAAGAUGAUGUCCGUUUGACGGCAAGUUUGAAACAUAAAAGUCCUCAGCAACAAGGACAAGGGGGAAACGUAGAGUACAAUGUGCCGUCCAAAGGGGUGGAUCUGCCGUGUUCUGGCGAAGAACCGACCGCACUCACGAUUUGGGACCCGGGACGGGAUCUCUUCCUCUGGGCUGUUGUACAGAAUAACAGAGAGCUGGCAGAGAUCGGCUGGGAGCAGUGCAGAGACUGCAUCGCAGCCGCUCUGGCUGCCAGUAAGAUCUUGAAGAAACUGGCGAAGGAGAGCGGCGAGGAUGAUAGCGAAGAGGCAAAUGAAAUGAGAGAACUGGCCAACCACUAUGAGAAACAAGCCAUCGGUGUCUUCAGCAAAUGUCACAGCUGGGACGCCCAGCGAGCGCAGAAACUCCUGAUCCGCAUCUCUCCGUCGUGGGGCAGAAGCACGUGUCUGUGGCUCGCUCUCGAGGCCGGGGAUAAAAGCUUCGUCGCUCACUCAGGAGUGCAGGCCCUGCUCACUCAGAUCUGGUUUGGAGAGCUGUCCGUGGAGAAUCCUCACUGGAAGAUUCUCCUGUGCAUGAUCUUCUUUCCUCUGAUAUACACCGGCUUCCUGAUCUUCAGACGUGAUGAAGACAUCCAGAGACGGAAGCAGGCAGUGGAUCCAGUCUUAGCUGGAAACUCAGAUGCCAAGAUCAAACGCCACAUACGUGUCCCCUUGCAGAAGUCUGACUGUGAGCUGAAGCCUCUGAACUGCUGGUCACGUCUGAUGAGUCUCUUCGCGUCUCCUCAAGUCAAGUUUUACUGGAACAUCGCCUCGUAUUUUGGCUUCCUGUGGCUCUUUGCUGUGGUGCUCAUGAUCGAUUUUCAGACAUUUCCGUCGUGGAGAGAACUUCUGCUCUAUGUGUGGCUCAUCUCGCUGGUGUGUGAGGAGCUUAGACAGCUCUAUCAUGACUUCGAUGGGUCCGGCUUUCGGAGGAAAGCAAAGAUGUACAUCAGGGAUCUGUGGAAUAUUCUGGAUGUGCUGUCAAUCUUGCUGUUCAUUUCUGGUCUGGUCUGCAGACUCCAAGCCUCGACCAUUGUCUUGUACGUGGGUAAAGUUCUGCUCUGCAUCGACUUCAUCAUAUUCUGUCUACGAUUAAUGGCCAUCUUCACUAUCAGUCGAAACCUGGGUCCGAAAAUAAUCAUCGUCAGGAGAAUGAUGAUGGAUUUGUUCUUCUUCAUGUUUAUGCUCAGUAUCUGGGUGGUGGCGUACGGCGUGGCGAAACAGGGCAUUAUGAUCGAUAAUGAAGUGAGACUAAACUGGAUCGUCCGUGGAGCCGUCUAUGACCCCUACCUCACCAUAUUUGGCAACUUCCCCACUGAUAUAGACAUAACCAAGUUUGAUAAGAGCAGCUGCAGUCUGGAAGCCUCUGACCCUCUGAAGCCCAAAUGCCCCAAGAUGAACGACGAUGGCCUGCCGAUGUUCCCCGAAUGGCUGACCAUCAUCAUGCUGUGUGUCUAUCUGCUGUUCGCCAACAUUUUGCUGCUCAACCUCCUCAUCGCUAUCUUCAACUACACGUUCCAGGAGGUUCAGGACAACACGGACACCAUCUGGAAGUUCCAGCGCUACGAGUUGAUUAAGGAGUAUCACAGUCGACCUGCUCUUCCUCCACCCUUCAUCCUCCUCAGUCACCUCAUCCUCUUCAUCAGAGGAGCGUUUCAGCGCAACCCUCCAGAGAGACACACACAAUUCAGGCAGGAACUGGAGCAGAGCGAGGAAGAGGAGCUGUUGUCCUGGGAGGCUUUCAUGAAGGACAACUAUCUGGUAUCUACACGACAGGACGAGAGCCAGAGCAUGGAGCAUCGUAUCCAGGACACCGCAGAGAAGGUCGGAGCGAUGUCAGAUCAUCUGGAGCGGGAGCAGGAGAUGGUUUCAAACACCAUGGCAAAACGACUUUCUAAACUUGAAGAGCAGGUCUCAGAGUCUGCCAAAGCUUUGCAAUGGAUUAUAGAAGCGCUGAAAUCUCAGGGAUGCAAAUCCAAAAUGCAGCCGCCUCUAAUGACAGGUAAAAGCUCUGACAAGGACGAUGGCGAAUCGAGUGGACAGGAGACCGAUGACGAAUCCGCCCCUCACACAUUCGCACGUCAGCUCGAGUAUCCCGGCAGUAAAGGCCUCAAACGCUUUCCCGUGCCUGAGGAGAAGGUGCCCUGGGAGGUAAACUUCUCUCUGUACCGUCCCCCAGUUUACAAUCCACAGGACAGCAGCGACUCAGACACUUCAGUCUUAGACAAGCACAGGAAUCCAGAAGGAAGGACUGGGAUACGGGGAAAAGGGGCUCUGAAAUCCCUCGGCCCGAAUCACAUUCUCCACCCAAUCUUCACCAGGUGGCGUGAUGCUGAACACAAAGUGCUGGAGUUUCUCUCCGUUUGCGAGGAUGUAGAGAAGCCCGUGACUCUUCCUGGGGGCCCAGCCAAACCUGACGAGCCUCUACCACAGGCACUGGAGAGGAUUCUGGGUAAAAAGUUAAAUGACAAGAGCAAGUCUGAACUAAAGGCUGGGGAACAACUGGUGUAUAAGGGUUAUGUAGAUGACAGCAGGAACACUGAUAACGCCUGGGUGGAGGCCACCAUCAUCACACUUCACUGUGACAAACACACUCCGCUGAUGGCAGAGCUGAACCACAUAGUCGAGAGCUCGGCGGCGUCUCAUCAGCCGCUCAAGUGGCGGGAAGUGAACAGCACCGCGUGUGUGUGUCCAUACCAGGAAGAGGCUCUACGUGAUGUAGCAAAGCUUUACAAAAUCUAGUUUUGACCCUCAGGAAAACACACACAGUCUCGUUCGCUAUCUUUGUGGAGACUCUCCACAGACAUAAUGGUUUUACACUGCCAUAACUGUAUAUACUGUCUCCUUACACUAAACCUACACACACACACUAACCGACCCCUAAACCUACCCAACUCACACAAACACACACACUAACCUAUCC